AUGGCUAUUAACUCAGCUGAGAACCAAAGUAAUGACUCAAGGAAUUGGCAAGUUUCGAAUAAAGCACCUCUUAGUUAUAAUGAAAGUAUUACCAGUAGUGCUAGUAGUAAACGACAAAGAAAACAUUUUGUAUCGCCCUAUCUUAAUAGCGACAAAGUCAAGCUUCAUUCAAGAGUCACUGAAAAAAAGGUAGUACAAAGAAAAACUACAGAUUUCACGUCUUCAUUCCCCUUAGCUAUAAACAUAUAUAAAGCUAACUCGGAUGAAUUUAAAAUAGCUAAGCGGGCUUCGAAGAAAGGCAAGAAAUGCGUUCACACUUUACUCAAUGACCCUACGCCCCAACCGCAAAUUUGCACUGUUAGUGACAUGAAUGAUUCGGAAUACAACGAAACAAAAAUUUCAAGAAAACCUAAACCUAAAGUAAAAAAACGAAGGGUAAAUAAAAAUAACCCAGACAAAAAUAUCGAGAUUUACGACAGAGAUGCAAAAUAUUGCUCCCAAUUCAAUAUUAAUUUAGAUAGUAGUUCGUCCGAUAUGUUUCAACACUUAACCGGCGACGGAAGAAAGGUUUUAAAAAAGCCAAAAAACAUUUAUGGCAGAAAUCAAGUGAUUGAUAAUGAUGUAUGGGCUGUGCUUAGGAAUAUAAAUAAAAUGCAGUUCAUACCUUCUCCACCAAUGUCUGGAACAAGUAUAGAAUCAUUAAAAAAUCUGUCUACAAGGAGGCGAACUAGUGAUCGCAACGACGCCAGCUUCAUCGAGACCUGUCGCACAGAAGAGUUUGCCUAUAUCUCCUAUGAUAACACUUCGCUUAACAGUCCCUCUAGAUCAUCCAGUUUUGAUCGUGUAACCGUGAUAGGUAAGCAAGAUGAUGUGACAAAAACCUACACUUAUACCAAAAGAGGAGUUCGUGACCAGCAGCGUAAACGAGAAGUAUUAGGAAAUAAAAAAAGUAAGAAGGUCUCAAAAAAAUUAAGUAAUUCCAAACCAGAAUCAAAUAACAAAAAACUGCAACAAAAACUAAACAUUAAAGAAGAUGUCUCACUUUUACAAGAAAAUAUAAUACAUAGAGAUGAAAAUCUGUACAGAAAUUCUGAACAGAAAUUAAUGGCGGUUUGUGCCAGUGAAGCUAAGCGUAAUACAGGAAACAUACUCACGAAAGCUGACCCUGAAAAGUCGAGCAUCGCAUCGGAAUCAGAACGCCAAGAGCAAUUAAAUGGAAUUACAAGAGUAGUGUUGAGUAAAGGUAUAGAACUUCAUGAUAGUAAAAAUUAUUGUAAACAGCGAGAAGCUAGAAAGUGCCAAUCUAAGUCAACCUCACCAAUCGGUAAAAGAACACAAAUAACAACAGCUGAAAUAAGAAAACAAAUAGGCAGUUUGAAAUAUCCAAUAAUUGUAACUGGAAAAGAAAAACUGAGUUCCUAUACACAAGUUAAUGAUUAUAAACCUCCUCAAUUUCUGGGUCUAGAUAAACAUAUAUGGCCAUUUAUGAUAAAAUGGUUACCCGAAUCGCAAAAAGCUACAAUAUCGAUAGAAAGAAAAACUCCCCCUGAGAUAGCCCGGACAAAUAAGCUGAGAACAGAAGUUGAUGGAUUCCGAGAUGGAGUUCCACGGAACAAUAGUGCAAGUUGUAAGUUGCAUAAUAAUGACAAAUUAAAAAAAAAUAAAAACCAAUUAUCUUCGCAGCCAAUCAGUGAAAAGGAAAAACCAAUGAGGAUAUUUAAAGAUAAAAUGUUAAAUUUAAUGUAUAGUAACAAAUAUUCGAUUAUGCAAAAUGCAAAGAGUAAUGGCAUAAAUAAUAAUGCUGUAAAAGUUAAACAUCAUUCUUUGACCAUUGAAACCCAAACACCCUAUUCUAAUAUAUUUGUAAAAAAAGAUAAAUACGCUUCACCAGCAGUGGAUACAGAUUUACCAAAUAUCAAUAGCUUAAAGUCAAAAUCAAAGCACUCUUGGUCAAAAGCAAAGUGGGCUAGUGAUUUUAUAGAAAAUGUUAUAAGAAAAGUAAAGUGUGGAGUUUACUACGGUCAGGAAAGUAAGAAAAUUAUAAAAAGUAUAUAUGCUGACAGUAAAUUAACUCAAACAGAUAAUUUAUUUACCGACGUUAAGGAUGAUGAAAAAGUUCUAAAAGAAGAUAUUAUUUCCAACCAAUUUUGUUACAAUGGAGUAAUUCCUGGUUUUGAAGAUAAAAUCCAAGAAUUGAAAUUAGAAACGUUCUCAAAGAGCCAAAUUGCAGUUAAACAUUGCAACACGAAUGUUGUUGUACAGUUUGACAUCGCACUUCCGAUAGAUACUAAUGGAAUUUUGCAAAAGGAUUCUAAAUUUCUUCUUCCUACAGAAAUAAGUGCUAGUAGAAUAUAUAAAUACAAGGCGACUAUUACAAAUGCUAUUUUGCCAGCUGAAUUGUGCAGUAUAUUUCCAAAAAUGCUUAGUAAUAUAUUCGAUUCGAAUAUUACUCCACUUUCACCUCAACUAAUAAUUAAUGAUAUUCAAUGCCAUGAUCUUUUCCCGAUAAAAGAAUUAACGCAACAUGAAUGCCUCAAUACGUUUAAUAAAGUUUCAAUGCUUAAUCUUCCUAACACUUCUCCCCCGAUAUUACUACAAAAUGGAAGAUUUUCUGAUACUUUUAAUAAUGUUCAAAUUUUUAGACCAAAAAUGUUAAAUCACAUUCUUGGGCAUUCAGAGUUUAGUAAUAUUUUACCACAAAUAAAAACAAAAGCUUUAUUUGAGAACAUUUCGCACGUAUGUAAAAUACUAUUUAAAUCUGAGCCUUAUGAGCCUAAAGUCCAGAAAUUAACGGUGCACGAUGUUUAUGCCGACAACAUAAAGAUUAAUACAUGUACCGCUAUUGUUCCAUAUGUGCCAAAUCAAAGUAAAAUUUUAGAUCUAAGCAAUCGAAAAGAAUUAAAAUAUGUCAAAACAAACAGCUAUUGGUGUGUUAACUUUGAUUUAGGACUCCUGAGCACGUUUAAAGUAGAACGUUUCGGAACCCAGACCGUCUUUUCGCUAAAUAAUAACUCGGACAACACAAUUAGUUUUAUCGUGAAUAAUCUAACAGUGGAACUGUUAUAUAAAUAUUACGAAAAUGUUUGUAAUAAAGCAGAUUCUUUCUUCUAUGACGACAAAACUGAUUCAGACGGACUCGGAGAUCGACAUACAUUGAAAUCUAGUAAAAGUAGGCUGAUGAUUAAAAAAAUUAAUAGGAGAAGUAGUUGCGUAAAGCUUUGCAAGAAAUGCAAAUCAACAUCAAGUAUACCUCAUAAAAGAAACACUCCGUUGCAAAAGAUUGCAAAUUUACACGAAUUUUUCCAAGCAUUGGGUUCGGCGAAAAGUUUGGCAGAUGCAAUCGAUGGAGAUACUGAAAGGAAAAUCCUAUUGUCGGUUGUUGAGAUGAAAGCUUGGAUAACGGAAAUUACUCCUAGACAAGCGCUUAUGAUUCUUCUACUGGCAAAUAAAAAGGAAACUUCUAAUAUUAUUCGCUUUCGCAAUGUCAUAUUGCAAGGCAUUGCAACGAAUAGAAUCACCAAAAUAUCAGAAUUGGAUAUGGAAAUAGAAGUUAUUGAAAGAGAGAAUUUGAAUAAUUCCGUACUAUUACAAGGAAUAUCAUAUGUGCCGGCUUCCACGGAAGAUAAUUUACUGGAGGAAUUGUGCUGGAUAGCGAAAACCACUGCGUCUGACUACCAGAAGCCUUUCGAUAAGACAUCAGAGCGCCUACUAAAGUCUCUUCUAGGUAAACGAAAGAAAUUGAACCCUUCUUAUCUACGAGUUAUGGCACGUUAUGUUGGACUUGGCUUACUUAAAUCCAAAUGA